AUGACUCAGGGAAGAGAGGACCAGGCCACGCGGCCGACGCCGCCGUCCGUGCCCGGAGUACUAACUGCUCCAUUUAGCCCAGGUAUGCCGGGUGGCACCCCAACGCAUGAGAUCCUCGGCCGUAACGUCCGACAGUCUUCAUCUUCCCGUUUUAUCCGGGCUUCGGCGCUAGAGGGAAGCUCUGGAUCAGUUUGCAGAGAACUGCUGAGGGGAAAGAUCUUUGUGUGUGUGUGUGUGUGUGUCUCAUCGCUCUCUCUUUCCCUCUCUCUCUCUCCCUCUCUCUCUCUCGCUCUCUCUCCCUCCCUAGUGUGCACUGGCACAGAGAAUAAGCUAAGCACGCUGUCCGACCUGGAGCAACAGUAUCGAACCUUGCGCAAAUACUACGAGAACUGUGAGGUGGUGAUGGGAAACCUGGAGAUCACCAGCAUCGACCGCAGCCGUGACCUGUCCUUCCUCAGGUCCAUUCGGGAGGUGACAGGCUACGUGCUGGUGGCUCUGAACCAGUUUGACUACCUUCCCCUGGAGAACCUGCGUAUCAUUCGGGGCACGCGGCUGUAUGAAGACCGCUACGCGCUGGCCAUCUUUCUCAACUACAGACGGGAUGGCAACUUCGGACUGCGUCAGCUGGGCCUCAAGAACUUGACAGAGAUUCUACACGGUGGGGUCUAUGUGGACCAGAACAAGUUCUUGUGCCAUGCUGACACCAUCCACUGGCAGGACAUAGUGAAGACCGCCAAGUCUGACCACCUUGUAGUGCCAUCCAAUAGCAGCAGUUCAUGUCAGAAGUGCCAUCGAGUUUGUAACGGUCGAUGUUGGGGGCCGAAGGAGGACCAGUGUCAGAGCUUGACUAAGACGGUGUGUGCUGAGCAGUGUGAUGGUCGUUGCUUUGGUCCGUACGUCAGCGACUGUUGUCACCGCGAGUGUGCGGGAGGCUGCUCUGGCCCUAAGGACACGGACUGCUUCGCCUGUACCAACUUCAACGACAGCGGAGCAUGCGUGACCCAGUGCCCCCAACCUUUCGUUUACAAUCCCACCACCUUCCAGCUGGAGCACAACCCCCGAGCCAAAUAUACCUACGGAGCAUUCUGCGUCAAGAAAUGUCCACAUAACUUUGUGGUAGACCACAGCUCCUGUGUGAGAGCCUGCCCCAGCAACAAGAUGGAGGUAGAGGAGAACCGAAUAAAGAUGUGCAUUCCCUGCACGGACAUCUGCCCUAAAGCUUGUGACGGUAUUGGCACCGCUAGUCUCCAGUCAGCCCAGACUGUCGAUUCGAGCAACAUUGACAAGUUUGUCAACUGCACCAAGAUCAACGGCAACUUAGUGUUCCUUAUCACUGGGAUCAAAGGGGAUAUUUAUCACCACAUAGAGGCACUGGAUCCAGAGAAACUCAACGUGUUCCGCACGGUCAGAGAGAUCACAGGCUACCUGAACAUCCAGUCCUGGCCGGAGAACAUGACGGAUCUGAGUGUGUUUUCGAAUUUGGCAAUCAUCGGGGGAAGGUCGCUUUACAGUGGUAUCUCCCUGCUGGUGCUGAAACAGCAGUGGCUGUCUUCUUUGCGGCUUCAGUCUCUGAAUGAGAUCAGUGCCGGCAACGUGUACAUCACCAACAACAGCCAGCUCUGCUACUACAACACCGUCAACUGGACCAGCCUGUUCCGCACCAACAGCCAAAAGGUCCUGAUCCGCAACAACCGGGACCCCAAGGAAUGCAUAAUGGAGAAUAUGAUUUGUGACCCGCUUUGCUCGGAUGCCGGUUGCUGGGGUCCAGGGCCAGACCAGUGUCUCUCCUGCCGCUUCUUCACUAGGGGGCGCACUUGUGUGGAGUCCUGUAACCUUCAUGAAGGGGACGUGCGUGAGUUUGCCAACGGCUCUGUGUGUCUGGAGUGUGAUGCGCAGUGUGAGAAAGCUGAAGACGGUGGUCUGACCUGUACUGGACCAGGACCUGAUCACUGUGUAAAAUGUCUACACUUCAAAGACGGGCCUAACUGUGUGGAGAAGUGUCCGGACGGCCUUCAGGGAGCAAACAGCUUCAUCUUCAAAUAUGCAGAGGCCAACAAGGAGUGUCACCCCUGUCAUGCCAACUGCACCCAGGGGUGCACUGGACCCAGGCUUCAGGACUGCAUUGGAAUGAUGGACAGGACCCCUCUCAUCGCUGCCGGCGUGAUUGGUAGCCUGUUUGUGGUAGUUAUCGUCGGCCUAAGCGUGGCAGUGUCGGUUCGGCGAAAAACCAUCAAAAAGAAGAGAGCUAUGCGCCGCUUCCUGGAGACCGAGCUUGUGGAACCACUUACGCCCAGUGGCACCGCCCCUAACCAGGCUCAGCUACGCAUCCUCAAGGAGACCGAACUCAAGAGGAUCAAGAUCCUGGGCUCUGGAGCCUUUGGCACUGUCUACAAGGGUAUUUGGGUUCCUGAGGGAGAGACGGUGAAGAUCCCCGUGGCCAUAAAGAUUCUGAAUGAAGCCACGGGUCCCAAGGCCAAUGUGGAGUUUAUGGAUGAGGCCCUGAUCAUGGCCAGCAUGGAGCACCCCCACCUGGUGCGUCUCCUGGGCGUGUGUCUGAGCCCCACCAUCCAGCUGGUCACCCAGCUCAUGCCACACGGCUGCCUGCUGGACUAUGUCCAUGAGCACAAGGACAACAUCGGCUCCCAGCUGCUGCUCAACUGGUGUGUCCAGAUCGCUAAGGGCAUGAUGUAUUUGGAGGACAGACGACUGGUGCACAGGGACCUGGCCGCUCGGAAUGUUCUGGUGAAAUCUCCUAACCACAUCAAAAUCACAGACUUUGGGCUGGCCCGCCUGCUGGAUCCCGAUGAGAAGGAAUACAACGCAGAUGGUGGGAAGAUGCCAAUCAAAUGGAUGGCCUUGGAGUGUAUCCAUUACAGGAAAUUCACUCAUCAGAGUGAUGUUUGGAGCUACGGAGUGACCAUUUGGGAGCUCAUGACCUUUGGGGGGAAACCUUACGAUGGCAUCCCCACUCGGGAGAUCCCGGACCUGCUGGAGAAGGGCGAAAGACUCCCCCAGCCCCCCAUCUGCACCAUCGACGUCUACAUGGUCAUGGUCAAAUGUUGGAUGAUUGACGCUGACAGCAGACCUAAGUUUAAGGAACUGGCAGCGGAGUUCUGCAGGAUGGCACGGGACCCCCAGCGCUAUCUGGUCAUCCAGGGCGACGACCGUAUGAAGUUGCCCAGUCCCAAUGACAGUAAGUUUUUCCAGAGUCUUCUGGACGAGGAGGAGCUGGAGGACCUGAUGGACGCUGAGGAGUAUCUGGUGCCUCACGCUUUCAACAUGCCCCAGCUGGCAUACACACCCAGAGCCCGCAUAGACUCCAACAGGAAUCAGUUUGUGUACCAGGAUGGAACUUUCGGGGUGGAGGAUAUGAUGGCGACUCUCCCCCGUGUGGUGGCGGUAUCUGGUGUACCCCCAGCCUGCGGGUCUCAGGAGCCAUCGGCGGGCCAGAGCGCCGCCCCUGAGGACUCACGCUGUAACGGCACCCUGAGGAAGCAGGUGUCCCCUCGCCCCAGCGGGGGAGAGGACAGCAGCGGUCAACGCUACAGCGCCGACCCCACCGUUCUGCUGUCCGACCGCGGGGCCAGGGGAGAAACCGACGAGGACGGCUACAUGACCGCCAUGCAGGACAAGACACCCUCAGAUUAUCUCAAUCCGGUGGAGGAGAAUCCGUUUGUCACCCGUCGGCGAAACGGAGAAGCUCUCAGUAUGGAUAACCAGGGUUACCAUGCCGCAUCCAACGGCCAGCCCAAGGUAGAGGACGAAUACGUCAACGACCCUCUCUACCUCAACACCUUCCACAACUCCGCCGACAAGACCCAGGAGGUCAUACGGAAGAACGGUAUGCCAGUGGCACACACACCUGCCGCCAUCCCUGGAGGUUCCAACGGCCAGAGCGGGCACCGUGCCCAAAGCGGGCACCCAGCACACCCUGCCCAGGUCGGGCACGCCCACCUCCCAGCGCAGCCCGCUUACCCAGGCCAACCGGGGCUCCCCACCUUAUCGGGCCACACCUUCAACCCGAGCCACCCCGGUCACGCCCUACACCCGACACACACCCUUCACCCUGCACACACUGGCACCAUCAUGGCUGAAAAGAAGGCCAAAAAGACAUUUGACAAUCCUGAGUACUGGCAGCACAGUCUUCCCCCUAAGGCCACGCUCCACAACCCUGAAUACCUGCAGGACUGCAGCACACGCUUCUUCUACCGGCAGAACGGUCGUAUCCGGCCUGCUGUGGCUGAGAACCAGGAGUAUCUGUCCGAGUUCGCCCUGAAACCCGGCACGGUGCUGCCCCCCCCACCCUACCGGCAGCGGAACACUGUGGUGUAG